GGCGGGCGCACGAUCGAGGGAGGUGGGCGCUGGGCUGGCGCUCCGGGGACCCGGCGCUGCGCCCUCCAGCAGAGGCGCCGCACAGCAGAGGGGGCCGCCGUGGCCGCCGCAGAGCGUGCUGGGGUCGGUCUGGCGGCCGGCAGCUGAGGGCGACUGCGCCCGCGCAGCAGAGCAGAGUGGAGUGGAGCGCGCAACCUGACCGCCGCCGCCUGGCAUAUGCCAUCAUCGCCACAAAGAGCUCGCUGAGCUCAGGCGGCGGGAGCUCCCGGGGCUGCGCGGCACAGGAGGCUCUGCGCAGCGGACCCGGGGGGAAGGGACCAAACUGAGGAUGGCCCGGAAGAGAAAGCCCCCCAGCAGCCAGGGUGACCCAAGGAGGCAUGAUCCAGAUUUCCAGGGACCUACUGCCAAAAGGACUUGUACGGACGUAACAUGCUGUAUGAUCUUCCUACUGUUUAUUACGGGCUACAUUCUGUUAGGACUCUUGGCUUGGGCACAUGGUGACCCCAGGAAAAUGGUCUAUCCUACAGACAGCCAGGGACAAUUUUGUGGCCAGAAGGGAACCCCCAAUGAGAACAAGACAGUUUUGUUUUACUUUAACAUCUUUAGAUGUACCGGUCCUUCCAUGAUGCUUCGACUACAGUGCUCUACCACACAGAUCUGUGUCUCCAGGUGCCCAGAGAGAUUCCUCACCUACUUGGAUAUGCAGUUUUUGAACAAAGACGACAAAAACUACUGGGAAUACUAUCGCCAGUUCUGCAAGGCCAAGGCCAAGCCUGUGGAGACUCUUGGAGACCUUCUGUCCAGCGGUGACUGCCCCUUAGCAGUGUACCCAAGCAGACCUUUUCUGCAGAGAUGUAUACCUGACCUUUCAGCCAUCAAUGGCACCUGGACUUUAGGGAGUAGGAUGCAGUUUGAAGAUGGAAGUGGGCAGACCAGGACUAUGGUAGAACUCAGGGAGGCUGCGAACGGCAUUAGUGAUGUGAUCAAUGCCAGGACGAUUGGGCUGAAGCUGCUUGAAGACUAUUCUACCUCGUGGAAGUGGAUUCUCAUUGGCCUGACUAUUGCCAUGGCGCUGAGUUGGACUUUUUUAAUACUCCUGAGGUUCACAGCUGGAUUCCUCUUCUGGUUCUUCAUAUUGGGUGUGCUCGGAAUUAUAGGAUAUGGAAUAUGGUACUGUUUCCUGGAGUACAGUAGCAUUCAGCAGAGGCCACAGUCUGCGCUCUGGUUGUACGGCUUCGGGAUUCAGAGGAGAGUAAACAUGUUCUUUCACUUGAAGGAGACCUGGUUUUCAAUGAUGAUCAUCUUGUCUGCCGUUAAAAUCAUCAUCAUCAUUGUGCUGAUCUUCCUCAGGACGCGGAUCCGAGUGGCCAUCAUUCUGCUGCAGGAAGGAAGCAAAGCCAUUAGCUACCUUCCCAGUGCGUUAAUCUACCCAGUUUUAACCUUCAUCUUGCUAUCAAUCUGCAUUUCCUACUGGGCUGUGACAGCUGUUUUCUUGGCUACAUCAGGGGUACCAAUAUUCAAAGUUAUGGUCCCAGAGGGGCAAUGUAUAUAUGAAGAUGAAACUUGUGACCCAGAGAUUUUUCCUAAUACUAACAUUCCCAAAGACUGCCCCGGCGCAUCGUGUAACUUUGCUUUCUAUGGCGGAAGGAGCACGUACCACAAUUACAUCCUGACCUUCCAGUUCUACAACCUCUUUGCCUUCCUUUGGCUGAUAAACUUUGUCAUUGCCUUGGGUCAGUGUGCCCUUGCUGGUGCCUUUGCUUCCUAUUACUGGGCCAUGAAAAAACCCGACGACAUCCCGCCAUACCCACUCUUCACUGCAUUUGGGCGAGCAGUACGAUACCACACGGGGUCUUUGGCCUUUGGAUCUUUGAUCCUUGCAUCUGUUCAGAUGUUUAAAGUGAUCGUAGAAUACCUGGACAGGCGACUUAAAAAGGCUCAGAACAGUGCCGCUCAGUUCCUGCACUGCUGCCUACGGUGCUGUUUCUGGUGUUUGGAAAAGAUGGUGAAGUUUUUAAACAGAAAUGCCUACAUCAUGAUUGCGUUGUAUGGCAAGAACUUCUGUGAAUCGACAAGAGAUGCUUUCUAUCUGCUCAUGAGAAACAUCCUGAAAGUCACAGUUACAGAUGAAGUCACAUACUUUGUAUUACUCCUGGGAAAAAUCCUGGUUUCUGGAAUUGUAGGUGCCUUGGCCUUCCUGCUCUUCACAGAAAGACUACAACUAAUUGUAGAGGGACCAACGACUUUAAAUUACUAUUGGGUCCCCUUCCUGACUCUUGUGUUUGGAUCUUACAUGAUUGCUCACGGGUUCUUCAGUGUCUAUUCGAUGUGUGUGGAAACUAUUUUCAUCUGCUUCUGUGAAGACCUGGAGAGGAACGAUGGAUCUGCCGAGAAACCUUACUUUGUAACACCCAGCCUGCACAGCAUUCUGACCAAGAAGCGUCCGGUUCCCCAGAGAUAGAGUAGAGAAGCUCCACGCAGGCACUUUGUGAAUUAGGUCGACAGCAACAUGAAAAGGUUGCUUUAGAGCAGUAUUUCUGCGGUUUCUGAAAAGGUGCAGUUGGUACCGUCGGAGGGACCAGGCAUUGGACAGUGGCCUUGUUUACGUUGCAGACUGUGGUCCCAAGUGCAAACACCUGUAGCCGACAAUGUUUUAAUAACUUUUGUAAUUUUGCUAGCCUUUCUUCUUUUUUUAAAUAAGUGUAUGUUUGUAAAGGGUAUUCAGGCAUUUUUUUUACGACACUAUAAAUGUGUGAUCAAUUAGCCAUAAAAAUAUUGAGUUGUAGUUGAUCAGCCUAUGGUACUGAAUUUGUAAAUAUGCUGCUAUGGUUAUAGUUACUGUUGAAGCCAGUGAACAGCUCUCUAAAACUGUGAUUCGACUUGUGUUCCUGGUUUCCUAGAGAGCAUAUUUCAAGUGGGCGAGUUAGUCCUUGACAAGCUGUAGAGGGACAGGUCCUGUAGGCUCAGCACUAACCCUGCUGCAGGUGGACUGAGCCUGGAGCCUCAUCUCUGUUUUAGUGAAAUGAGACUCAUCCUUGGGUGAAGUCGGAGUUUGGGGCUAUCCUCCCCACUACUGUGAAGCUCCGGCCACCUGAGAAUAUCUGAACAGAGCGGAAACGGCUGCCUCCCUCACCCCUUGCCUCCCCUGAGCUUCCUCUCACAGUCACGCAGAAGGCCUGUGGAUUCUCCUUUUCAUGGGGACGCCCAGGCACAAGGUCGAGGUUCGACUUUUAGCGAGGGAGCAGAGCAGAUGACGGUUCAGAUCCGUGGCCUCCUAUCAGGUACCACAUCUGGUGCUUCCUUGGGCUGUGCAUGUAUCAGAUCAAGAGUUCUUGCAUCACCACAGCCCCGGGGCUUAGAGUGGGAGCUGGUUUGUUGUGGCCACGCCUAAAUCUCACACAGUGCAGAAAAGUGUGAAUUGGAUUCACACGCAUUGCAUGCUUUUUCCCUGUGUGUAGAAAUGGGCCAAGUAUAAAAAGGCCCUCCACAGAGCACAGGCCUAACCGGUGCCCUUUUGGUUUGAUGUCAGAUUGUCUGUAUAUUAUUAGUGUAAUGUGUGGCCAUCAAUACGGCCCACGCAUUUGAGAGUUGGAAAUACACCCUGGUGUUAUAAGUUAAUAUAAAUGCUAUUUUACUUAUCCUGAAGUGUGUGAACCUAGAUUUAGAACGGUGGUAUGACAUCUUCCUACAUAGAGCCAGUAAUUCCGGAAGGUUUUAGAAGUAUUGGCCCACUGGAGAGUCACUAGCUUGUUCUUGGCUUGCUUUAUUGAGAUUAUCAGUCCCAAAUGUCACCUGUCAUUUUUUCUUGAUAACAGAGAAAAGCAGUCACUUAUCUAUUUCUCUUGCAUUUUAGUAGUAUUUUAUUUACAACUAUGCAAGGACCUCAACAAAAACCUAUGGCAAUGGUGACAUAUAGUGAGCCUGUAGCUAGCUGCAGGGGUCCACCUAACCCACGAGCUUCUGUUAGGAUAUGGACCACUCUCUGGACCAUGAUAAAAACCCUCUAGUUGAUUCAGAUACAUGCAAAAGUUAUAAGGUUGGCUAUAGAUCAGAUAUAAGAAAUUAACUGUCUGAUUUGCUGUGUUAUAGUAUAUUCCCACUCAGAAAAACAGUCUCUGUUUGUUACUUCUGUAAUUAAAAUGCAUAGAGUAAAAAUGAAUGUUGUUUUUGAGAAGAAUUUUAGAAGCCAUUUUUCUUACGCAGCAAUUAAAGUUUUUUGAAACACAGAGCAAUAUUUCCAGAACUGUUUAUGGAAGGAUUUGAGAUCACACACAAAGGUCUCUUUGCCGAGGCUUUACAAUCUAAAUUGCCAUUGGCCCAACAAAGGCAAUUUGGAAAUAGAUGUUGUAAUUUAGAAAGUGAAUUUGGAUGGGGGGGGGUAAAUGUUAUUUCUUAAGUCAUUCUAUGGAAAUGCUUGAACUGUUGCCAGAACUGACCUGGAACACAGAAUGAAAUGAUAUCUUAUCGAUGUAUUAAUAAGGGCUGAUUGUUUUCUCAUAGCUGUUUACAAUGAACGCUGAUGCUGUCUAAAAGAGCGAUGUUUGGCGUUGCUGUGCAGCGGGUGGGCAGCAGGUGGCGAUGUUGCUCCUCUCACCGCUUCGCUGCUCUAUUGACUUUGCCCUCCUCCCUCCUAGUGGAAGACCUAGAAAGAAACGAAGGCUCUCCUUCAAGACCCUAUUUCGUGACUCCGACUCUAAUGAACAUUUUUCUGGAGCAGGGCAAGAUCAAGAAGCAGUAGGAGAGCCAGCUGGGCAUCCUGCCGCUUGUGUCUCCUCCCACACUGUAUCCGUCCAACACACCUUCUGUAGCGCUUUGGUUGGGAACGUUCGAAUCCCCGCCUUGCUGGCUUGCUUUUGCAUCUUAUACCAAAGCCCCACACUGUAGCCUGUGAAGCCAUCAGAAGUCACAGGGGAAUUGUUAAUUACAUGCAACGUUUUUAUACUAAGAUCUUUCGUUUUGUAAUUUAUUUUUAUUAUUAUCAUUUUUACAUAGAGUGACUUGGAUGUUUUAAAAAAUAUAUUGAAUACAUUCAUAAUCUUUUUAAUAGUAAAAAGAUGAAGGUAUACAUGAUUUAAAUUGAUAGCUCCUAGUGUAUUUUUAAAGACGACAACUAAAAGACUUCUGUAGGGAAAAUUGGUAAUUGAAGCAAGAAAAACUUUUUUAAGGCCCUUCCUCGGCGGCUCCUGUUUGACAGUCAACAGGUUAAGCAGAUCACCCGGCUUAGGUCUUUGUAUCCUGUGAGAGCUGCCAGUCAGUCAUUCAGCCCUUGCCACUCAAUUCUCUCAGUGCCUUCCUGGCUGGUCAGUACUUCCCGGAUCUUGUGAGCAAGCGGACAGACCUCGUUUGAAAGAAAUGAAACUUUAAACCGUGCAAUGUUGAGUGGUGACAAGUCUUCUCAUGUUUCUUUUGUUUUGCGAUUUUUGUUUUGUUUUGUUUUGGAUGUUUUGUUUUGUUUGUUUGUUUUUCCUCGUCUUGCUCACUGACUGGACUCCACCAGCCAUGACACUGCUUUUGAUACCCUCCUCUUCAAAGGAGUACGUUGUGUGAUACAAACAAUUCCCCUUGUGCCUAGUGGAUCUUCACAAAUGGGUGCCGCACGCAGCAAGCGAAGCAGCCUGAAAGGACAUGUGUUGGAUUUGUCUUGGUUUUUACUAAACGAAGUUUUAAAGUAUAAUCUUUUCUAUAGUGUUUCCUUUAAAAGAUGGGUCGGUGUGUACACGUCCGGUGUCUCACCCAGACCUGAAGGGGCAGCCUGUGGGCAUGUCACAGGGCAACUUUCCCUCUGAGGGGAAGCUGUGUGCUGGGCUGGCAAGCCCCGUUACACAUGACUCUUCCAUCCUGUUAUGGAUUGUCAGUCCCACUAACUUUUAUACGAAGCAACCUGUUUACCUGUCAGAUUUUUAUUGUGCCAAUAGAAACCAGAACGGUUUUUAAUUCAGUUUUGAAUCAUUUUAUGAGGAUUGCUAAGUUUCAGGAGAACCUGACUCAGUUCGCCAACUCAGCAAGUCCCCUGAGAAGGGGAUCAGUGAGAGCCAAUCAACAAUAACCUACUGCUGUUUAUUGAUGGUUUGUUGAAAACUCACUUUAGAUACCUUUAUACCAAAACGCUCCCACAGGCGCCUUGCAGUGUGGGCUCAUCACCCCUAUCCCCACCCCACGCCACCCCACGCCUGGUGGUUUGGGCUCUCCUGAGCCCAUGGUGGUGUGGGUUAUGUAGUUAGUAUGUCUCUGCUAUGCAGGAACACUGAAAGCGUAGGGUCUAAAUACAUUUGAUAGAUAAAAUGGUUGAUAUUUAAUGAAAUUUGUUGGUACUCAUUGUAUAUUUGGUUUCUUCUAAUAAAGAUUUCCAUAAGAGACAGAUUAAAAAAGGCUGACUUUUGAUUUCUUUAAGAGCGCUCUCUCUCUCUCUCUCUCUC